GUGAAAGUAAAACCUGGAGGUUCCAGUGCUCAUUAUGUGUUGGUCGGUGAAAGUCUUUGGAAAAUUCGCCAGGUUUGGUGUGCUUUAUGCUAAUGUAGAAAUAUCCUGCUGCCUGAAUGAUAUGUAAUGAGCCGAAUUUGAACUCCGAGCCAUUCUGCAACUGAGUGGAUUUCACUGUAUGGUGGAGCAAGAAGCUAAUCCAAGUCUCAAUCCUGAAGAGCGUAAUCGCAGUUCUGUUCGUGGAAGGGGUGACAUGGAAAACUCAGAUCUUCUUUAUCACUUAUCCCAUGAGGAAUUUGCUUUGUUCAGCCAAGCACCAACUUCUGGAAGUGGAAGAGUUAAUGAAAGAAACCAUGCAGGAAAUGGAGCAGAUCUGGGCAAAACACUCAUAGCUAAGUCAGCGAGCCACUCACCAAAUUUGCUGAAAGAUCACAAUAAAUUAAUGUUGUGCGAACAAAAGUUUUCUGAAAGAGUUGUAACGUUCUUUGGAGAAAAGGCCAAAGAUGCUAAUGGGAAAGAAAAUGUCAGCUUUCCUGUACACCGUGGCAAUGCAGUCAAGAAACGAAAGACACGAUCAUCUUGUAAAUCGAAUGCCAGAAAGCACAAGCAGUGUAACGUAGAACUUGUCAAAAAGAAUUUGCAGACACAUAAUCCAGACAACAAAACAGAAGAGCAUAACGAAACAAGGCAGAGUACAAGAAUGAUUUGGAUGUCAGAUGAAGAAAUAGAACGAAGGAAGGAUUUAUAUCUUCGGCUCGUUUCACACCAUGUAAACAAUGGUCAAAGGAUUCAAGGACCAAUGCAAGAGUUGCUGUGCCUCAUGAAUCAGGUGGCUGAUAGAGAAUACAGAAAUUAUUCCAGUACUUGGCAGCACCCAUCAGAUCUCACCACUAGAAAUUAUUGCAGGAGGAAUGCAAAUUCAUUCCGCAAGCUUAAUCUCCACGAAUGGGCCAUCAGCAAUGGACGUUAUUGCCGUUUCAGCGGAAUGCCAGAUCACCGUUUUCGCAGACCUAUACUUUAGUCACAGAAUACAUUGUUGGAAUCGGUCAUGUUCUUCUGACAUGUCACAACAUUUGCAGGUUCAUUUUGUGUGGGUAAUCCUGUGCUUGUGAGAGAAAUUUCUUAGUGGGAGGUUUUGUUUUUGCAGGAAAAUGCUGUUGAAUAUCUGAUUGGGGGAUGUGGGGGAAGGUAGCUGUGUUCUGUAGGAGUUGGAAAAGAUGACAAGUCUUUAAUAGAUUAUACUUGCUGCAGACAAUGCUAUUGGUCUUUGUAAAGUAGUUUAGUUGAGAUCAUACAGGGAAAAAAAAACAGCAAGCAUGAUUUGUUGUCCUUUUAAUCUUGAGGUAGAUUGCACUAUCAUGAAAUUAAUAUUUAAUUUGUGCCUGUGAAUUUGCCUGCCAAAAUUCAGAAGCCAGUGAGAAAUGUUACACUUUCAGCAGUCAUAGCUAUAAUACAGGUCUAUACUCUGAAAUUAUACUGUAAAAUUGCAGAGUCUGGAAAGUCAAUUGUUAAUGUUUCUAACUGGAUAUGUUUGAUUUUACAAAUUUAAGCGAACUGCUGAGUGUUGAGAAGCAGAGCUCUGGUUUGAUUUGUUUUUAUUCUGCAGGCUUGAAAGUUCAUUUGAAAUGUGUAACUAGCAAUGAAGCAUAAUUAAUUUUGGUUCUCAAGUAGUUUAUUUUUUUCUUUCCAUCAAAUAUUAAAGAAGGAAACUGUUGCAACACCACUUUCUGUCUGCCUUUGAAACUCUCGGGGCAUGACAUCAAGGAGCCCAAAAAAUGUGGAGAUUUUAACCUUGCAUUUUUAUUUCUGUUUGAAACAAAAUCAGUUAUGUUUGGUGACUAUUUAAAUUCCACACAUUAGCAACUGAAGGAAAAUUAUUCCAAAUUGCAACAAGCUGAAGCCCAUGGCCUAACUUCCAUGUGUUGCUGUCAGUUUCAAAUAACAAUCAAUAGUUUUAAUCAUGUAGGUAUCAGACUUGCACUGAAACUGACAUAUCAUGAUUUUGAAGACAUUCUUGAAUCUGAUGGUGUGAAGUAGGGUUGUUGUACUAUGUGGCUGAUUUACUCUGCAGUAAAACAAACUUUGCAGAUGUGAUCAGUUUACAUCCGGACUCCAGUAGGACAAUUAGAUGUACAGCAAAGCAAACACGUGCCUCUUUUUGGAAUUCUGUUUGGCAGUUUUUUUGAUCUUGAAAUGUCAAAAAUGUAUAUCUUGUCUUUUUAAUAGGCUAUUAAAUCCUUUUGUAUUUCCAUGUUAAUCACUUCAGCUAAC